AUGAGCACACUGAACGCGUACUUCGGGACCCCGAGUGCUCAGAAGCAGUUCCGUGAAUGGUAUCCCACGGGCACAGAGGCAGUGGAGGGGAAGGCCAAGGCAGGGAUUCAAGAGGAGAAGAGCAACCAGAACGAGCACAGCAAGCACUCUCCGAAAUCUCUCAUCAUUGCCGGACCCUCGGGAGUGGGCAAAGGAACUCUGAUCGAGAAGCUCAAGAGCGAGUUCGCCAACGUGUUCGGGUUCAGUGUAAGUCACACCACGCGGGGGAUGAGGCCGGGGGAGGAGAACGGGGUGCAUUACCAUUUCAGCGAGCGGCAGGCCAUGGAGGAGGAGAUUGAGAAGGGGAACUUCAUUGAGCAUGCGGAGGUACAUGGCAAUCUGUACGGCACUUCCAAGGCCUCCGUCAUAGACGUGACGAAGCAGGGUAAGAUUUGCAUCUUGGACAUCGACGUGCAGGGCUGUCGGUUGGUGAGGAGAGCGAAACUGGAUGGUGUCUUCGUGUUCAUCGCUCCUCCCUCCAUGGAGGAUCUCGAGAGCCGGCUGAGAGGACGGGGGACAGAGACUGAAGAGAAGAUCCUGAAGCGGCUGGAAGGAGCCAAGGCAGAGAUGGAGGCCAAGGACGAGCCAGGUCUCUUCGACCAUCAAGUUGUGAACGACAACCUGGACAACGCCUACCAGAAGCUGAAGGAGAUCAUUCAAGAAGAGUUGGCUGCUGUCCUCGCUCUCCAAGAAGGACCCAGCGCAAGGCGGCGAGCGGCAGUCCCACACAAGCCGACUGUCGUCUUUGUCCUUGGAGGUCCUGGAGCCGGCAAAGGAACCCAGUGUGCGAACAUCGUCAAGGAGUUUGGAUGGGAGGGCAAGAUUGUCCCUGUGGAAAUCACCAUCCAACUGCUACUGAAAGCCAUGGAGAAGGCGGAGACGAAGCGUUUCUUGAUCGAUGGGUUUCCGAGAAGUCAGGACAAUCGAGAGGCGUUCGUUGCCUUCUGCCUGGCGUACGAGUGUCCCGAAGACCUGCUGGAGCAGCGACUGCUGAAGCGCGGGGAGACGAGCGGGAGGGCGGACGACAACAUGGAGUCGAUCAAGAAGCGUUUCACGGCCUUUCAGACUCAGACUGUCCCCGUCCUUGAGGUGUUCGAGAAGAGGAAUAUGCUGGUCAAGAUGUCGUCGGUGUGGCAAGACACAAAGAAGCUCUUCGAGUGA